AUGGCAUCUUCAAAUAAUGAAUUACAUACACGUCGUCCUAAGCAUUUCGUUAAUGAUCCAAAUAAAGUUCUGUAUUAUAUUAAUUCAUAUCAAGGACUUUGUUUGUCUUAUCCCUCAUUAAGAUUUAUUGAAAAGGAAAAAAUUGUCUAUAGGGCUGAUAUCGAUGAUAUUAGAAAAAAACACGUUACUUUGAUUUCUGGAGGUGGAGCUGGUCAUGAGCCAACACAUGCAGCUUUUGUUGGACCUCGUCUCCUUUCAGCUGCGGUAUCAGGGAAUAUUUUUGCAUCUCCAUCAACUUCUCAAAUUCUGGCAGCAAUUCGUCGUGUAGAAUCAACUCAUGGUACCCUAUUAAUUGUAAAAAAUUAUACAGGGGAUUGUUUGAAUUUUGGCUUGGCAGCUGAAAAAGCAAAAGCUGAAGGAAUUAAAGUUGAACUCAUUGUUGUUGGAGAUGAUGUUGGGGUUGGAAGACAACAAGGUGGAUUAGUUGGUAGAAGAGGUUUGGCCGGUACGAUUUUGGUGCACAAAGUUGCAGGUGCUAUGGCUGCUAAAGGGGCAAGCCUUGAGGAAGUAAAGAAUGCGGCUCUUCUUGUUGCUGAAAAUAUUGGAACCAUUGGUGUUGCGUUUGAUCGUUGUACAAUUCCAGGAACAACUCAAGGUUCAUCUUUACCUGAUGAUGUGAUCGAGUUGGGAAUGGGUAUUCAUGGUGAACCUGGAUUUCAAAAGAUAUCACUUCCUCCAUCUCGUAAACUUGUACAAAAGAUGUUAGACACUAUCAUUACCCAGGAUGCGGAUAGAUCUUUCUUGGAUAUCAAACCCGAAAAAGAUCAAAUUGCUUUAUUAAUUAAUAAUCUUGGAGGUAUUUCUACACUUGAGCUUUAUGUAGUUGUAAAUGAUGCUCUUAGUUAUUUAGUUGAAAAGAAAUUUUAUAUAAAAAGAGUUUAUGUUGGACAUUUUAUGACCUCUCUUAAUAUGCCCGGAGUUUCUUUGUCAAUUUUAAGGUUACCAAAAAAUUUGGAUGUAGUUCCUCUAUUGGAUAAAAGCGCUGAAGCACCAGGUUGGAUUAAUCAUAUAAAAGUGGAUAUUUCAAAUUUAGAUUCUAGUUUAGAUGAAAAAAUUUCUCAUUCAAAUGUUAAAAAAAAGGAAGAAAAGCUUUUUAUUGUUAAUGUGGACCCACAAUUGUUUGAAUCUACAAUCAAAGCAGCUUGUAACGCUCUUAUUCAAGCCGAACCAGAAAUAACAAAGUAUGAUACAAUUGUUGGAGAUGGAGAUUGUGGUAUAACGCUGAAAUAUGGAGCAACAGAUAUCCUUGCAGCUUUGGAGGAAGGCCAAAUUGUAACAAAUGAUCUUUCAGAAGGUUUGAUGAAAAUUAGCAACUUCUUAGAAGCAAGAGGUGGAACUAGCGGCUUUCUAUAUUGUGCACUAUCAAACAGUUUGAGAUAUUUUGUCGAGGCUAAAAUGAAAGAAGAUAUUAGCAUUAAAAAAAAUCAGAUUAUAGUGGACGGUGAAUGUUUCGGCGCGAGUUUAAAGUCUGCAUUAAGUACACUGCAAAAUUAUACACCGGCAAGAAAGGGAGAUCGUACUAUGAUGGAUGUAAUAAUCCCAUUUAUAACAACGUUUACAGAUACUUACUCAACGGAUAAUAAUACCUUAUCAGCUUUUAAAGAUGCAAUUGAAGCAGCAAAAACGGGUGCAGAAUACACUAAAGGAUUAAAGCCUAGAUUGGGAAGAUCAACGUAUAUUGAUGAAAAUAUCAUUAAAGAAGCUCGGGUUCCUGAUCCUGGAGCAUGGGCGGCUUAUGUUAUUCUUAAUGGGAUUUAUGUUGAUUUUGUUUGA